AUGUGUCAAGAACUGGCGGAUCGGGUCGACAACAUCGGAUCGGGCUCUAUACAUGCUAUUUCUACUUAUUUGGGUGGUUGUACUGGAUAUCAGGUGUUCACUAGAGUACACCUUUUUUUGCAUACUGAUCAGGUGCUUAAGGCAAUGAGAGAAUCCGAUUCACCUAAACCUGCUAUUUUUGCCAUGUCCAAUCCCACAAACAAUGCUGAAUGCACUGCCGCUGAUGCUUUUAAGCAUGCUGGAGAAAAUAUAGUUUUUGCUAGUGGAAGCCCUUUCACAAAUGUUGAUCUUGGGAACGGAAAAGUCGGUCAUGUAAAUCAAGCAAAUAAUAUGUACCUUUUCCCUGGAAUUGGCCUGGGAACCCUUCUUUCUGGUGCUUAUUUUAUCACUGAUGGAAUGUUACAAGCAGCUGCUGAGUGCCUUGCUUCUUAUACGACGGAUGAAGAAGUUCAAAAUGGCAUCCUGUAUCCAUCUAUUAAUAGCAUUGGGCAUAUAACAGCAGAAGUUGGGGCUGCUGUUUUACAAGCAGCUGUUGCAGAAGAACUGGCUGAGGGACAUGGCGAUAUCGGGCCGCGAGAACUGAUGCACAUGUCAAAGGAGGAAACAGUGCAACAUGUCAGAAGAAACAUGUGGUACCCUAUCUACAGUCCCCUUGUUCACGAAAAAUAGAGCCUCCACCUUCCAAUCUAUCCGCAGAGGUUAAUAAAAUACUGGACGAGUUAAAGUGUAGCCACGCGGACGACUCAUUAGUCUCACGUGAAGAACGAUGAUGAAGAAAGAUUCAGGACUAGGAAUAUGCUACUACUACUGCUACGGGUGAACACACUUUUAACUCUAGAUUAUUUGUGCAGGCAUUUGCCAGGGGAAUCACUGCGGUAUUUGCAUAUCAUGUGGUGUUAGACUUUAGAUGAUCAAUUUUAUGGCUGUUCCCAUACUUCUUUCCCCGAAAGCUGAUGCCCUCUUGUUAUGUGAGUCUCCACGCCGAUGAAUAUCACCAACCAAACGCAGCAAGACAUGCUUAUAGAUGCAUUCAAGGCACACAUUUGCAUUCAUGUUUCAACUAUUAAACGUGCUAUGUAAUCCGACUGAAG